CUCGGGGCGCCGGCUUAAGGUGCCCGCGGAUUCCGCCUGUGGUCAAGGCCCCAUGAGCGAGGCGCCCCUGGUGGGCUACAGCAGCAGCGGUUCGGAGGAUGAAGCCGAGGCCGCCGCCGCCGCCGCCGCCGCCGCGGGGCGGAGCAAACCCGGGUCGGGGGGCCGCCGCUGUGGCCAGAACCCCCUUCCCACUCAGAGGUUCCCAGUACCUGACAGUGUGCUGAGCAUGUUCUCUGACGUGGAGGAGGGGCCCGAGGAUGACAGUACAAAACACGGGGGGCGCAUUCGCUCCUUUCCCCAUGAGCGCGGCAACUGGGCCACCCACAUCUACAUACCGUACGAAGCGAAGGAAGAGUUCCUGGAUCUGCUCGACUUGCUGCUGCACCGAGCUCAGACGUUCGUGCCCCGCCUGGUGCGGAUGGAGGAGUUCCACCUCAGCCUGUCUCAGAGCGUGGUUCUCCGGCACCACUGGAUCCUUCCCUUCGUGCAGGUGCUCAAAGAUCACAUGGCCUCUUUCCAAAGGUUCUUCUUUACUGCCAACCAGGUAAAGAUUUAUACCAACCAAGAGAAAACCAGGACCUUCAUUGGGCUCGAGGUCAGUUCAGGGCAUGCCCAGUUCCUGGACCUGGUUUCAGAGGUAGACAGAGUCAUGGAGGAAUUUGACCUCACCACCUUCUACCAGGACCCUUCAUUUCACGUCAGCCUGGCCUGGUGUGUGGGUGACGCACGGCUCCAGCUGGAGGGACAGUGCCUGCGGGAACUACAGGAAAUCGUGGAUGAGUUUGAAGACUCUGAGAUGCUGCUGCGUGUGCUGGCUGAGCAGGUCCGCUGCAAGUCCGGGAACAAAUUCUUCUCAAUGCCUUUGAAGUGAACCUUGCCCCAUGCCUCUCUCUAGGCCAUCUGAGAUGGAGGAGCUUGCUGCCAUCUGUGGUAUACCCGCAGCAAUAAGCCCUAAUCACACACUUAGCACUGUUGUAGUGGGCUCCUCUCUCCUGGUCCUUUAUUUUUGGUAGGUGGGUAGGUUGCUGCUGUGGUGCGGCCAUUUCCAGAAAUCACCAGUAGAGGGCAGCCCGGACCUCUAAUUCUUCUGUCAGUCUAGGAAAAGAAAAUGAGCCCUGCUGGGGAGCCCACCCCAGGGGAGUCCCCACUGAGGUCUCUCCCCUGCAGUAAUCUGUAUCAAUGCCAUUGGCCAACACACAAUUUUUAAACUCAGUGUGCCCGGACUGCCCUCUGUCAAACUGGGGGCUUCAGUGAGUCUGUCAUCCCCCCUUUAAUCUCCUUUAUUUAUCACUUUUCCCCUUCAUCCCAUCCUAUGCCAGGAGAGGUCAUUUCAGGGCCAGGGCACGGGGUGCUAAUUUGUGGUCAGCAGCAAUUUUCUUCAUUCCUUCCUCCCACUUACCCAGCCAGGUGCCUGGGGAGAGCCCAGCAGAUGUUUCUUCUUGGCUGGCUAUAGCUGCCGGCCAGGCCUCCAACACCUAUGACCCCUGGACUCCCCCAUCCUCUUUCCCAAAGAAGCACAGAGACACCUUCCCUCCUGGCAAAAUACUCCUGCCCUUGGGGCUGAGCAU